CUGCGAUGCAAACUACACAGACACAGCCAGAGAACUGAGAUUACAAGAGUCCGAAAUUCGUAACAAAAUUUCAAGCUGUCGAUAUGCCCGGGAAGAUUCGCACUAUCCAGUCGGUGUCGCUUGAUGUUCCAGCUUCCGAGCAGCCAAAUCUCCAUAACCGUUGGCACCCAGACAUCCCCUCAAUCGCGUCUGUAAAGCCCGGCGAAACAGUCAAGAUCGAAUGCCUGGACUGGACCGGUGGGCAAAUCGGCAACAACGACAGCGCCGACGACGUGAAGAACGUCGACCUCACGCGGAUUCACUACCUGACCGGCCCCUUUGACGUCGAGGGGAGCGAGCCCGGGGACCUGCUGGUGGUCAACAUCACCGACGUGCAGCCGUUUGAGCACUCGCCGUGGGGGUUCACGGGCGUCUUCGCGUGCGAGAAUGGCGGCGGCUUCCUCGACCGGCACUACCCCAAGGCGUGCAAGGCCAUCUGGGACUUUGACGGCAUCUACUGCAGCAGCAGGCACAUCCCCGGCGUGCGCUUCGCGGGGCUGAUCCACCCGGGGAUCCUGGGCUGCGCGCCGUCGGCCGAGCUGCUGCAGACGUGGAACAGGCGCGAGGGCGAGCUCAUCUCGGCGUGUGCGCAGACGCACCCGGGUCAGAUUGUCGCGCAGCCGCCGCUGCAGACGAAUGCCCACGCUGGCAACGCGACGGGGGAGCUCAGGGACAAGAUUGCGCGCGAGGGCGCGAGGACGAUCCCUGGACGGCCGGAGCAUGGCGGGAACUGCGAUGUGAAUGUCAUCUCGAGGGGGUCGACGACGUAUCUCCCCGUGCACGUUGCCGGGGCCAAGUUUUCCGUGGGAGACUUGCACUUUAGCCAGGGCGAUGGCGAGAUUAGUUUCUGUGGUGCCAUCGAAAUGGCUGGCGUCAUCACCAUCAAGUUCGACCUCAUCAAGAACGGCAUGAAGGAGCGGGCCAUUAGCAGCCCCGUCUUCAGGCCCGGAGACGUCGCUCAGCAGUUCGGUCCCUCGCGAUACCUCACCUUUGAGGGCUUUUCCGUCGACGAAUCGGGCAAGCAGCACUUUCUCGACGCGACUGUGGCGUACCGCCAGGCGUGCCUGCGCACCAUUGAGUAUCUGAAGCAGUUUGGCUACUCUGGUGAGCAGAUAUACCUGCUGCUAUCUUGUGCGCCCAUCCGAGGGUCGAUUGCCGGCAUUGUAGACAUUCCAAACGCGUGCACGACGCUGGGCUUGCCGAUGGACAUUUUCGAGUUUGACGUUUCUGUCGAGGCGGAGAGGGUCAAGAACCGGGCUCUGGGUUCGUGCCCCAUCGCUGAGUAGCGGCACCCCGCGAAUAGCUGCAGCAGAUGGCCAGCCCUGGAUGAUAGUUGCCCUGUUUGUUGAUGACAAUAAUUGUUCUGGUGCUUCUUAUGAACGGCCGUCUGUAGUAAAUUUGUAUGGGCACCGAGGGACCAUGUUCUUUGCUGCGAGCGCCAAAGUAUGGCACAUGGCUCUCUACCCCAGAUUGAAUUGAAGGUGCGCCAGCCAAUUGUCUCAUGUAAGAAUUGACAAUGACAUGAGAGCCUUGAGCACUUUCAAUAGCCGAG